GGGCCGUGCGGGGCCGGGACGCGACGCGACCGGGACGCGACGGGCAGGGGCUGUGCGGAGGCGGGACACGGCAGGUGACCUUGGACACAGAGCAGGACAAUGGCAAACUCAACACAGAGUGACAGGGGCCUCCCGAGCGCCGAGCUCUGGGCCUCCCAUAAUAAGAUGGUAAUGGAGCCGCUUGACAGCAACGACCCAGAGGUGCACAACAUCAUCAAGAAGGAGAAGCAGCGGCAGCGGCUGGGGCUGGAGUUAAUUGCAUCGGAGAACUUUGCGAGCCGAGCGGUCCUAGAGGCCCUGGGAUCCUGCAUGAACAACAAAUACUCAGAGGGCUACCCAGGCCAGAGGUACUAUGGUGGAACAGAGUUUGUGGAUGAGCUGGAAAGGCUGUGCCAGAAGCGAGCACUGCAGGCAUAUCAGCUCGACCCCCAGAAGUGGGGUGUCAACGUCCAGCCCUACUCAGGCUCACCUGCCAACUUCGCGGUGUACACGGCCCUGGUGGAGCCCCAUGGCAGGAUCAUGGGGCUGGACCUGCCUGACGGGGGCCACCUCACCCACGGGUUCAUGACGGACAAGAAGAAGAUCUCUGCCACCUCUGUCUUCUUUGAGUCCAUGCCCUACAAGGUCAACCCCAAGACUGGUUACAUUGACUAUGACAAGCUGGAGGAGAAUGCCCGCCUCUUCCACCCCAAGCUGAUCAUAGCAGGCGUCAGCUGCUACUCCCGCAACCUGGACUACGCUCGCAUGCGGCAGAUCGCCGAUGCCAACGGUGCCUAUCUCAUGGCUGACAUGGCCCACAUCAGCGGGCUGGUGGCUGCCGGUGUGGUGCCCUCGCCCUUUGACCACUGCGACGUUGUCUCCACCACCACCCACAAGACCUUGAGAGGCUGCAGGGCUGGCAUGAUCUUCUACCGCAAAGGCACCCGCAGUGUGGACCCCAAGACGGGCAAGGAAACACUCUACAAUCUGGAGAGCCUCAUCAACCAGGCGGUCUUCCCCGGGCUGCAGGGAGGCCCACACAACCAUGCCAUUGCAGGCAUCGCUGUGGCACUGCGGCAGGCCAUGACGCCUGAGUUCAAGGCUUACCAGCAGCAGGUGGUGGCCAACUGCAAGGCGCUCUCAGCAGCGCUGACGAAGAUGGGCUACGACAUUGUCACAGGGGGCUCUGACAACCACCUGAUUCUCCUGGACCUGCGCAGCAGAGGCACUGACGGUGGCCGGGCCGAGCGGGUGCUGGAGCUCUGCUCCAUCGCCUGCAACAAGAAUACGUGUCCUGGUGACAUAAGCGCCCUGCGCCCCAGUGGCCUGCGGUUCGGGACACCAGCUCUCACCUCCCGUGGCUUCCAGCAGGAUGACUUCCGCACCGUGGCUCAAUACAUCCACCGAGGGAUCGAGCUCACACUGCGUGUGCAGAAGGACAUGAGCCCCAAGGCCACGCUGAAGGAAUUCAAGGAGAAACUGGCAGAGGAGAAAUACCAGAGGGAGCUGAAGGCGCUGAAAGAAGAGGUGGAAGCCUUCGCAGCAACCUUCCCACUCCCGGGGCUGCCUGUCCUGUAAGGGGAGAUACCUGUGCCUGCUCCCUGGGACUGCAGCACGCUCACCCCCAGACCAAUGUCCCAGUGCCUUCUCCCAGCACCUCCCUGCUGGCACUGGCUGCAGUCCAGCAGCAGCUCCUCAUUUGCCUCUUACUUCUUCCCUGCUGUUUGGGGCACAGGACUCCCCCUGGGGCAAUAAGCCCUUUCCCCUUCAGAUGUAAGCAGGAACCCCACGGCCAGGCUCCAUUCAGCUCUCACUGGCUGUGAUGAGAUUCAUCCCAAUGCCCCCACCCACAGCGCUGGGAGGGACGGUGUGGUCCAUGGUGGUGGGAGCCACCCCCUCCUGUCCUUCCCUGCACCACAGACUUAGUAGCUGACACAAGGCUCCCUGCUGUCAGCCCCAGGAUUCCCCUUUGUGCGCACAAACCUCUGCCUUCCAGCCUCUGUGGGCUGCAACACGGGACCACCGCCAUCCCCCCCCGGGAUGCCAUCCCUUCCGAGCCAGCCAGCCUCUCUGGCAUUGCCUCAGACCUCUCGAGCACAAAGCUUUAGGUAGAACCAUUUUUUAAUAAGCACGAUAAAAUUAAGAAUGUAACCACACUGUAUGACAAGAAGUAGAAGCUUUAAAAAAUACAACCAAGUUGGGUUUUUUUGUAUUUCAAAAAUAUCUCAACCCAAAUAAAUAAUUUUUUGUUUUUAAAA